AUGGCAUCCAAACUUGAUUUGAAAUUGAUCAACCCGGCUCGGUAUGAGCAGUGGAAGACCGCCCUCAAGUGCGAAACGUAUCCUGAUGAGACACUCAAUUUCUCGUCCGAAGAGUCUGACUUGGAAUUGGGCGUGAAUCUGAAGCAGUUGAAGGAUUGGAAGGCAGCUCUAGAAAAGUUGGACGUGCAUAAGUUGGAGGAAGAGAUAAAGCAGUUUGAGCACUACACAGCAAGGAUUGAGGAUUGCCGUGUACAUUUCAUUCAUGAGCGGAGUGGAAAUCCGAACGCCGUCCCUAUCCUUAUUCUGCACGGCUGGCCCGGCACCUUUUGGGAUUUCAAGAAGAUCAUCAAACCAUUGGCCCACCCCAUCGAUCCCAAUCACCCUUCGUUUCAUGUCGUUGCGCCCUCAUUGCCGGGCUAUGGGUUCUCAUCGCUUCCGCGAACCCGCAAGUUUACUACAGUGGAUAUCGCUAGAAUCUUCGACACCCUUAUGACUAAGGUUUUGGGCUACUCGAGAUACUUUGGCCAGGGCGGGGACUGGGGUGCUCACAUCCUGCGAGCAACUGCGGAGCAUCACUCGGACAACGCCCCGUUCAUACAUUUCAAUAUGUUCUACUGCGCGGAACCAAACUGGGUGGCUGAUGCUGAGAAGGGUAGAUUCUGGGGCCUUAACGAGACGGAAAUCAAUGCUUUGCGAAGAGCGGACGAGUUCAUCGAGUUCGGAAAGGGAUAUUCCGCCAUUCAGAGCACCAAGGCGAGAUAUACUGUAGGUGUUUCCCCUCUUGCCCUACUGGCUUACAUCGGCGAGAAGAUGCAAGCCUGGUCUGAUCCUGACCUUUGGGAUGUCAACAAUCUUCUUGAAACCGUGGCAAUAUAUUACUUCACAGAGAGUUUCCACACUUCCGUCAUGAUUUACCUUCAGAAUGAUGACAUCAGGGCUGCCUUUGUAAGCCCUUCUUCAUGGGGAAAAUUAAAGUCCAAAUUAGGGAUAAGCGCGUUCCCCUACGAGAUUGUGAUACAUCCUCGUUCGUGGAUCGAGAACUGCGGCUCCGUGGUGCAGUACAACACUCAUACUAGGGGUGGUCACUUUCCAGCACUCGACAACCCCGACGCACUGAUUGCUGACCUCCGGGAAUUGAUAACCGCGUAUUGGCCGGCCGAUAACAAGUAA